GCUGCUGUGCCAUAGAAGCGGCAGCCUUACGCUAUUACCGCAUUGGGUGUGCUGGCGCCUGAGCUUGUGCGGCCGAGUACAGCAAACCGUGGAUUGCCUUUACCCAUCUUCACUUUCACCAACAAACCCGGGUCACAUAUAAGCCCCGAAUCACCCGCCCUCCUCGCUUCUUAUCCAAUCCACACACACCUCGCAACCGCACUCAACUCAAAUCACCGCGUAGUUCGCAUAUCCGCACACCAACGCUUACCCCACUUCAACCUACACACCACACAUACGCCAUGUCUACCGAAGCAACCAACGCUCCCAAGAUCAAGCUUGUUACUAGCGACAAUGCUGAGAUGGAGGUCGACCGCCAGGUCGCUGAGCGUUCCAUCCUGAUCAAGAACUUGCUGGAGGAUCUCGGCGGCGACAACGAUGAGGCCAUCCCCAUCCCCAACGUCAACGAGGCCGUCAUGAAGAAGGUCCUCGAGUGGUGCGAGCACCACCGCAACGACCCUCCCGCCUCCCAGGACGACGACUCGGACUCCCGCAAGAAGUCGACCGACAUCGACGAGUGGGACCAGAAGUUCAUGCAGGUCGACCAGGAGAUGCUCUUCGAGAUCAUUCUCGCCGCCAACUACCUCGACAUCAAGGCUCUGCUCGACGUCGGCUGCAAGACCGUCGCCAACAUGAUCAAGGGCAAGUCCCCCGACGAGAUCCGCAAGACGUUCAACAUCCAGAACGACUUCACCCCCGAGGAGGAGGAGCAGAUCCGCCGCGAGAACGAGUGGGCCGAGGACCGCUAAGCGGCCUUGUCUGUUCUCUUGUCGGCUUGCCUGUAAAUAUUGCCAGGUAGAUACUAGUACUGCUUGGUGCAGCUACUACAGGCUCUGGUUUUGGUGUUCGGGGUUCCAUUCGGGCAUGUCAUUCUUCUUGUUCUGCAUAAUACCGGACAAUAUCUGGUACACGAUUCGCACAUCACGAUACUUUGUACGGCUCUGGGUAUAGAGGAUCUAUCUUCAUCAGUGACUCGACUCUAUAGCUACGCAAUGAAAAACGUAAACCUUCA